GGCGGCGGCGGCGGCGGAGGAGGAGGAGCGCCCGGUCCCAGUCCUGACCUGCUGCCCCGCCGCUGCCUACUCCUCUUCCGCCGGCCGCAGGAACAGAACAGACAGGCUAGAGGAAGUGGCAAGAACAUAUUGUUGAACAUCUGGAGAGACAGGCGGGGAUGGUUCCCUCCUCUUCGGCAGUGCCUGUACUGUAAAACUGUUCUCCUAGUUGUCCAAGUAGUAAGUUAUACUUCUGCAGACAUGCUGGAAAAGUGACCUGGACUGCGUUUUGAUUUGAGAGUUCAUCCCAGGAAGUGAGAUUCAAGCUUAUGGAAAGGAGUUAGAGACUUACUUGCAAAAUAAUAAUUAAAAAAAACCCACGCCAAAAACUCCUAUCUGCACAAAUACAAGUUGAUCUAGAGAUUCAUGCAUAGAGCUGGUGAUGAAUUGCCUAUGGUUUUGGGGAGGCUAACUCUUUUGCUUUUGGUUGCAUUGGAAAUCUGAAGUCAAUGCUCAUGAGAAGUAAAAUCAGAGAACGUGGGUUACUCGGUGUACCUAAAGAUUGCAAAGGCAGCAGCGAAAAGACAAAACUUCUCUUUGAAGCAGUAGCUUCAGCUGUGUCUUAUUGUGUGCACUGGGAACUGAGAGAAAUAGCAGCCAACCUGGGAGAAAAUGCCAGCUAAAGGUAAAUACUUCUUCAACGAAAAUGAUGACUGCAGGAUAUCAGACCCACUCUAUGAGAAGUACCGCUAUACAAGCCAGCAGCAUCCACUCCUGCUAUUGCUGCUCUUCAUUGCAAUCAUCUUCUGGACUACUCUAAUUAUAAUUUUUUUUGUCACUGAUGAAGCACAUUAUCAUCUUGCCUUCAUUAUUGCAGUAUGUGCUGCUCUUGUCAUAUUUGCGGUCAUGUACUUACUUUUAUGUAUUGAAUCCCUAUUUCGGAGAUGGCUAACGUUAUUUGGAGUUAUGAUUUGGAUUUGCUUCUUAAUCAUAGGAUAUGUAUCUCUUUUUGAAAAAGAAAAUGAUUAUCAACUGUGGGAACAGGUGCCAUUCUUUCUAUUCAUAAUCUUCACAGUUUAUACCAUGCUACCCUUUGGGAUGAGAGGUGCUGUGAUAAUUAGUGUUCUUUCUGCUCUCUCCCAUAUUAUUGUUCUAAGCAUCAUGGUAAGCAUGACUUCUCAGGAAAAUAAGGAAUCCAUUCUAUUUCAGCUGCUUGCCAAUGCUGUCAUUUUUCUUUGUGGUAACUUGAUGGGUGCAUUUCACAAACGCCAAAUGCAGGUUGCUUCGUGGGAUUUGUAUAGAUACACAUUAAAGUGCAUUCAGGUCCGAAUGAAACUGAAGAUUGAAAAGAGGCAACAAGAAAAUUUGCUUUUAUCCAUACUGCCAGCUCAUAUCUCUAUGGAAAUGAAGCUAGCAAUCAUAGAGCGACUAAAGGAAACUAAUGAUAAUAGGCAAAUGCACGACAACAACUUCCACAGUCUAUAUGUAAAAAGACACCAAAAUGUUAGCAUUCUUUAUGCAGACAUUGUAGGAUUUACUCGCCUUGCCAGUGACUGCUCUCCUAAGGAACUAGUAGUGAUGCUGAAUGAACUUUUUGGAAAGUUUGAUCAGAUUGCAAAGGAGAAUGAAUGCAUGAGAAUAAAAAUCCUGGGAGACUGUUACUACUGUGUCUCAGGCUUACCUGUGUCCUUACCGGUUCAUGCCAGGAACUGUGUUAAAAUGGGACUCGACAUGUGUGAAGCAAUAAAGCAGGUGAGAGAAGCCACAGGAGUGGAUAUCAACAUGAGGGUUGGUAUUCAUUCUGGGAAUGUGCUGUGCGGUGUGAUCGGCCUCCGGAAGUGGCAGUAUGACGUCUGGUCACACGACGUGUCCUUAGCAAACCGCAUGGAGUCCGCGGGCGUACCUGGCCGUGUACACAUCACUGAAGCAACAUUAAAUCACCUAGGCAAAGCUUAUGAAGUAGAAGAAGGGAAUGGACACCUGAGGGAUCCUUACCUCGAAUCCAUGAAUAUCAAAACCUACUUAGUGGUUGAUCCAAGGUCCAAACAAUGCGUAUCAAAUAAUCAUCUCCCUAAAACAAGAGUUAAUGAUGGGCUGAAAAUGCGAGCAUCUGUUCGGAUGACACGUUAUUUAGAGUCCUGGGGAGCAGCCAGGCCCUUUGCCCACCUGAACCACAGGGAAAGUGUGAGCAGUGACUCUUCAAGUUCACAAGGAAGGCGAAGAAAGGAAAUACCUUUGUGUUCUACUGGGCACCAGAGAACUUCUGAUAGAAAUUCAUCUCAGAAGGGAAGGAUAGAGGAAGAUAUUUAUGAUGAAAUGAUGUCAACCAUUGAGGGCCUCAGUUCAACUAAUCCAUGGUGUGGCAAAUCAGAUGACUUCUGUGGAUUUUCACUGAUCUUUGCAGAACCUGGUCUUGAAAAAGAGUAUCGCACCAUUCCUAUCCUAAAACUGAAGAGUUACUUCGCAUGUGCCAGUUUUGUGUUCCUCUGUAUAUUUCUGAUACAGAUGUUUAUAAUGCCAAAAACUGCAAAACUAGGAAUUUCCUUUGGCAUUGUUGCAGUCAUCAUUGUACUUAUUUUGUUUGUGUGCUUUGCUGAGAAAUGUAUGAAGUGCUGCUCAGAACAGUGGCCUUUCCUGCACCAUCUUUGCGCUAUCUCAGAAAAGGUGGAAACAAUGCCUUUACUUAGGCUUCCUUUAGCAGUCAUCACUAUAGGUGCCUUGCUGAUUAUAGCCAUUUUUAAUUUGACUACUGAAAAGAACAAACCUGCAAACUUUACUGGAUCAAAUGACCUGUGUGCUGCCACCUAUCCUUUUGGAAACACAACUCAGUCCUGCGUUGAGGAAACUUAUUAUGCUUACUGCUGCAUACUGGGAUUCAUUGCUUGCUCAGUAUUUCUUCAAAUGAGCUUUGAACUCAAAGUUCUCCUCCUGUCCAUUGCUGUGACUGUAUACCUCAUCAUUUUUAAUACCCUUCAGCAUAAAAAUUUGAGCUUCUAUGGCAACAGUACCAGACUUUUCACCAAAGAGCCAAGGAUAAUGACUAAUUUAUAUCUGGUUCUGUUUUACAUAACCCUAGUUUUACUUGCAAAACAGAUUGACUAUUACUGUCGACUGGAUUGUCUGUGGAAGAAUAAGUUUAAAAAAGAACAUGAACAGUUUGAAACCAUGGAGAACGUUAACAGGCUUUUGCUGGAAAAUGUACUUCCAGCACACGUUGCUGCCUAUUUCAUUGGUGAAAAACGAAAUGAGGACUGGUACCAUCAAUCUUAUGACUGUGUCUGUGUCAUGUUUGCAUCGGUACCAGAUUUUAAGGUGUUUUACACUGAAUGUGAUGUCAAUAAAGAAGGCCUGGAAUGCUUGCGGCUGUUAAAUGAAAUCAUUGCUGAUUUUGAUGAGCUGUUGUUGAAACCUAAAUUUAGUGGUGUUGAGAAAAUAAAAACCAUUGGAAGCACUUACAUGGCAGCAGCUGGUCUCAGUGUUACGCCAGGCCAAGAGAACAACCAGGAUAAGGAAAGACAGCAUGCUCACAUUGGAAUUAUGGUGGAAUAUGGAAUUGCCUUGAUGAGUAAACUGGAUGGCAUCAACCGACAUUCCUUUAACAAUUUCCGCUUACGUAUUGGGAUAAAUCAUGGCCCUGUGAUUGCUGGUGUGAUUGGAGCGCGGAAACCUCAGUAUGAUAUUUGGGGCAACACUGUUAAUGUUGCUAGCCGAAUGGAGAGUACGGGGGAACUUGGGAAAAUCCAGGUCACAGAAGAAACGAGUAAAAUACUACAGGAGUUGGGAUAUUCAUGUGAAUGUAGGGGGCUCAUUAAUGUCAAAGGCAAGGGAGAACUGAGGACUUACUUUGUUUGCACCGAGACUGCCAAAUUCCAAGGCAUGGGACUGAACUGAGGCUACGAUGAAGUUAAUCGAAAUAGACUUAGAACUGCCUCCCUUCUGUGAAGACUCAGAAUUUCCCUCCUUAUGUGAAGGACUUUAUUCUAAAAACAUAUAUAUACUAUUCCUAUUUCUUGUACAUCUCAAGAUAAGAGAAUGAUUUUUUUUUUUUUUUCUUGAAAGAAGUUUUGAAAAGUUCCUAGAAGACAUGUAACCACCAGUCUGAAAAAGACUACAUUUUCCUGAAAUAAUUUGAGGAUUUACCUGGAAUUGCCAUGAAGCAUUUUCAGUGAGUUCCUUUCCUUACCUGCACUGUGGGAGUCUUAACAGCUCCAGUAACAACAUAUGUGGAUGCACUGUAGAACUCAUUACCACGUUAAAACAUUCCAGUGCUGCAUUCUUUGACGCACACCUGCUUACUGUAUUGCAUUUGUCACAGACAUGUGAGAUGAUACUCUGGGCACUGCAUAUCCUGCUUUUAAUGCUAAACAGACUUCGCAGCAGAAGAUGGCUGAAUAACAGAAAGAGGAACGCAAGUACACUCAAAUAUAUCAUAUGAUAAUUGUGCUGAGCUCGUUUGGAAAAAAAGAAUUAAUUGCACAGUAUUGGAUCACUUCUUUAUUAUCUUUGCCUCCUCCAUAGUAGUACCUUGUAGUGCACAAAUGUUUUUGUGACCAACAGCUGUUCAGAAAUAACUUUCAUCUAGUUUGGAGUGUUUACAUUAUAUUACAUGUUCUCCUUCGUAUUUCUGUGCCUCUGUAUUUAGUAUCUGCAAGCACAUUUUAUACAGUCACAUAAGAGAAUGUCUUUAAAAUUCUGGCUUUAAAUUUCAAAAAAUAUACCUGAUCUUGCGGAGCACUGCACACCUGCAGUUUAUCCUGUGUGCUUGGUUAGACAGGCUUUGAUAACAGCUUGUAUCGCUGACACCCGGCAGGAAUUCUGCACGCUGACUGCAUUCUUGAGGGCACUUAUGGAAGAAAAAAUAAUCUGGUUUGAAUUGUUUGGAAACUGAAGAACAGAACUAAUAAGACAGUAUUAGAAAUAGUAGCAGAUACUAUAUAAACAGAACCACGCCUGAGACGGGUUUUGGGUUUUUUUUUCCUAUUCUUGUUUGUUCAAUUUGACAAGCCACUGGCUGGUUUAUAUACCUUUUAAAGGCAAUGCAGUUUAUGAAACAAAUUGGUUUUUAAGGUUACAGGAGGACGUAUGGAAAAACAUAUUCAUAAUGGAAAUGUUUCAGCAGAGCCUCAAUACUGAAAGUAUAUGUAGAGCAUUAGUAAGAAGGUCACAGAAAUGGACUUGCUCUAAGUUCGUUUAGUUUGUAAAGUUUUUAAGCUGUUAAUGGCUUUUGCUAAUUUCUAAAUUAGCAUUUUUCUACUUAUUGUAAUAAUUUAAUCUGUUUUCUGUUGGCGGAGAUGAUCGUAUUUUGUAAGGCUAACAUCUUGUGCCCAAUUACAUGUAUUAACUAAGGAUGGAUUUUCCCCUCCCCCCGAUAUACCACAUGUAGUCUGACUGAACAGCACAGUGAUUAAUGAGUUCAACAUCUGUUUUGUUAAGCCUUACUCUUCUACAAACAAAGCAGCAUUUACUAAUAUUUCUGGGUUUAGUACUAAACCAUGCUGGAAAAGUGUUUAACAAGCAGUCCUAUGCAUCACUGCCGCUUUCUAAUUACUGUGUAAUUUCUUUAGAAGAUGAAGUGACUAUGUUUCAAGACUGGAACAGAUCUAAAUAUUGUCCAACUGAGGAUUAAAAAUUGUGCUUAUAGCCUUUGUCAAUUUGGUAGGCCAAACUGUGUUUGUAGUAAGUCUCCAACAGAAAAUAGGACAUUAGGAAACCUUAGUUUGAGGUUGUCUGGUUCACGUACAGACUCUGCCGAAGAAGGAAUUUUCAUACUUGGUGUCUUGUCAGUAUAAGGUCAGUGUUGUAGUUGAAUAAACUUUCAAACAGCUUUUGCUACUCUUGUAUGUUGUAUAUUUGUAGUAACAGAUGCUCAGCAAGCAUUUGUUUUAUUUAUUUAUUGUUUUAUAAGGACCACGCAUGUGUCAAAGGCUCUUUUCAGCAGUUUUUGAUGUCAUAUAUUAGGUAAAGUGACUAUUUGCCUUAUGAAUAUAUUUUGAAAAGUGCAUUAUGCCUAUAGAUAGAGCUGGCUCUGAAGUGUUUCUGUUCACAGCCCUAGUAGAAUGUAGAUGUAAGUUAUCUAAGAAAGAAAAUUCGCUGUCUGUAACAGCAUUUUGAAAUGCUUUUGUUUACAUUAUAGUGCCUGUCAGGCUAGUAACUUGCUUGGGCGUAACUUCAACUUAACCUCAUUUACAGAAGUGGUAUAAAGAGCUGUAGCUUUCAAACUGGAAGAAGUAGGUUUUUGUUGCAGUUUUAAAAGGCCAUUAUGCGCUUACACUCUCACUCAAUGUCAGUGUACUGUGCAAGGCAUACUUGGAGAAGUUAGAAACCGUGUGUCAUGGAAAAUAGGUUGUAUCUGAGGAUGACUUGACUUUCUGAUUUCUCAUCAGAACUGGAACUGUACAAUAUGAGAGCUAUAUUCAACCACAGAAAAAAUUAAACUGAAGAAGCAACUGUAUUUAAAUAAUUGUUUUCAGCAGUCCUUUUGUGAGCGAACUGUGAAAUUUAAAAUUGAGGAAGUAACCUUGUAAGAAAAAUCCUCCUUACAGCAUUAUUGUUUUCUUAAACUGAAAAAAUGGCACUGUAACUAAUUCAAAGAGCUAAUAACGUCUUGAAUUAGCAAUCUAUUUUAAAGAACAAACUUUUGUUUUUACCAUUAAAUAAAAAACUUCCUGAAACUU